UAGUAUUCACUGAAACAUGGAAUCAAGCUGUCAAAACUAUCCGUGACGUUGGUUCUGGAAGAGGUGUUUUCUUUUAUUUUGGAUCCAAACAAACAUCCAAAUUUCUACCGUAAAAAGAGUUCGCUAAAUUUGGCCAUCGGUUCCUGGACGCGAUAGAGUAGCAGGUUUGCACGAAACCCGAACAGCUCGAACACCGGCAUCGUACAAUGUCGUGCUGUUGCAAGCCACGCACAUGUCCCGAAAUUCUUCGCCACGUUCCAGCAUUCACCGUACAGGCGCGUCAGUGUUGUGUGGCCGUCUGGCCGCCCUGUUCCAUCCCGCUGUUCUGCAUCCGGCGGGCGCGGAUUUCACGCUUUCGCCGAUUUUUCCUGCGCGGUGAUAUACCGAUAUCGCGCGAGUGCGGAACACGGUGUGUGAAGCACUUCAUCAAGUGGCACAUACCGCCGGAACAGCUUAACUAUCAGCGCUAUUUGCCGCUGUUCUUCGAUGGGCUGUGCGAGUCGACGUUUCCGUACCGAGAAUUUGCGCGCCACGGUGUGAGCGAUAUGCUGGCGGCCGGUACCGAACGGCAGAUAUUCCAAACCAUCCCCAUGCUGGUGCUGCCGAUGCGCGAGGCGUUGAAUACGAGAAAUCCGGACAUUAUAAUUGCAACAUUAAGCGCGUUACAACAGCUGCUGCGAGUCGGACCAUCCAUCGGAAUCGCUCUCGUUCCUUACUACCGGCAGUUACUGCCCAUGCUGAACCUGUACAAGCAGAGGCGCGUUAACAUAGGCGACCGGAUCGACUUUCGCGGUGGCCGACGGAUCGGUGAUGUGGUCAACGCUACCCUCGAACUGUUGGAACAGUGCGGAGGGCCCGAUGCGUACCUCAACAUAAAGUACAUGGUGCCGACGUACGAAAGCUGCGUCUACAAUCGUUAAAAAUCCACUAGGCAAGUGUAAGCAAAACUCAGUGCAAAGAAAAAAAAAAUGCUGCAAAAUUAUUCAUGACGUCACUUAAGCCUUGUAACAAAAUAGCAGUAGCACCAUUAAUGUAAAACCUGUAAACUACCGAGAACCGCUUCUUUUGAGGUGAAGGUGCAAUUUUACACAAUCUUGCAACGUUGGUCGGUUGGUCGUACAGCAGCGUAUUUAAACGUACGGACACUCACAGAGAAUGAUGCCGGCGCAUAUUAUAAAUCACAACCCAAAUUGGAUGGAAAAUGGUAAAUCAUCAUUUGUGCAAUUUUCUAUCCUAUUACCUCUUUACCCUAUAGCGUACAAAAGAGGAAAAUUCAGUCGAAAACAGGGAAGCUAGCCAACGGAAACGGAAAGAAAAAGGUUCAACAUUUUUUUAAUACUGAUUUUUCUUGUUUUGAAUUGGCGCAAUCCUUAGGGAAUGUGUCAUUGUUUGCAACGUGCUGUAUGUGUUUGUAAUUUAUGAGUAAAAUGAAAAUUUCUAAUGAGAAAUAUUAAAUCUAGAUCGCUUCACAA